AAACGCUCCCGGAAGAAAACUCGUUAACCUAGUUUCGGGUAGUUAGCACCCGAACCGGAUUAAUCAUUCAGAUCUGUUUAAAUUGUGUUUUUUUUUUAAUUACAUUUAAAUAUAUACAUAUUACAUGAUGUAUUUGUGUUCGAAACACGAAUACUGUGUUAAAUCUGGUCGUAGAAAUACGGCUUUCACUCAAAUGUGACGUUUAGGUUGUUUUGCUAGCAGCCUGUUUGACAGUUUGCCAAGUUGUGUGGUAUUUGUUUUUUGCUCUGUGGAGAAGAAACUGCUGUUUUCUGCCCUGAAAUGUGUGUAACAGUAUUCUCACCUGAGUUUGUACACUGUGAGGAUUAAACAGUGGUACACCAUGAGCGACAACGACUCGGAGGUGGAAAGGACCAUGAUGGGGCGUCCGCCCAGCAGCUACGGCUCCAUGUGUAGUGAUGAGCCAGAAGAUGAUGAUGAUGAUUUUGAAGAGGUUCAGGAUGCUGCUUCUCAACCUGUUAUUAAAGUCAAUUUACCGACCAGGAUCAAGCUUCAUCGUCCAGACUCACCAGAAACCGGUGUCACCUCAAUCACACAAGACCAACGAACCAGUGUCCAUAAUGAGGGGGUCUACAUUACUGCUCAAAGGAGGCAGCCGAACCCAGGAGAAGUGAAUUUUGAGAUGGAAGAUAAUGAGAGUUCUGUGCCCCCCAUUGAACCCCAAGACAGUGAGAGGAUGAAUAUUCAAAUGGAGCUAAACGAUCCUGAACCUACUCCUGCAGCAUGUUCGACAGAUGAACUUGCCCUACCCUAUAUUUUCACGGCCAUGGUGAACACUCUGAGGAAUCUGAACAAUUUGGAGCUGCAGUGUUUCGUGCACACUCUGUGCUCACAGUGUGAUGGUCAGCUCAAGUUCCAGCAGCUGGAGCAGGAGGGUGAGAUUGACGUCCUCGGCGUAGUGGACCGAAUGAUGGAGAAAUGGGACAAAGCAGAGUCGCUGUACAUCACCAUACGCACGCUGUACGACAUCAACAAGCGCGCCCAUGCUGCUGCUCUGGAGAGCGUGUGCAGGAGAGCUUGGGUGCAGUUCGGACUGAGAGCCAGUCACAAGCGUCGUUAUUACAGUCUCUACGAAGGAAUUUGUCGUCCUGGUCAACAGCGCUACAUCAGGCAAGUCUACGUCGAGUCGCCCAUUGUACUCGAAAUUCCGAGAAACGAGGGAAGGUCAGUACGCACCAGCGACCUCUUCUCUCCGCUCGAGGACGAAGGUCGCGUCCGCGUUGUCUUGACAACAGGGGUUCCGGCCGUCGGGCUUUCAGUGGCAAUACAGAUGUUCCUCAUGGACUGGACGGAGGAGCAGACAUGUCAGGACUUCCAGUUUGUGUUCGCUCUUCCGGGUCGUGACCUUCACCUGGUCAGAAACUCGGAUCAGACUUUCCUGGAGUUUCUUGCCGCGUUUUAUCCUGAAACGAAGCAAGCGGAAUUCCUGGCCUGCCAAGACUGCCCUGUGCUGUUUGUCUUCGAUGCACUCGAGCUUUGUAGGCAUCCUCUCAACUUUGAGAACAAUCCAAGCAUCACCGAGAUCACGACUCGGGCUCCUGUGGACGCCCUUCUCACUAGUUUAAUCAAAGGAGACUUGUUGCCUCACGCGAGCAUUUGGAUCACAGCCCAUCAGCCUACAUGUCAGAGAAUCCCGAAAAAUUGCAUUAGCAGGUUUACAGAGCUGAAAGGAUUUGGGGACGCCCAGAAGGAUGAGUAUUUCACAAAACGGACUCGAAAUCCAACGCUUGGCAGAAGCGUUCUAGAUCAGGUCAGAGGUUGUCCAGGUCUGUACGAUGCCUGCUAUUUUCCUCUCUUCUCCUGGAUCGUCUCGGUCGUGUAUGAGCAGUAUUUACCGAAUCAAGGGUCUGUCCAGGAAAUGCCAACGCUCACCACUUUCUAUGCGCAGUAUGUCAUUGUGCUGACGAACCGGAAAAUCGAGCGCUAUGUUGGUACAGGGAUCGAGGCGUCACGCUGGACAGACGCAGAUAAAAACUUUCUGAUGAAAAUGGGCGAGCUGGCACUGCGGAUGUUGAAUGAAAAAAAGAACAUCUUUUAUGAAGACAGCGUGGCCCGUUUGGCACUGGACAUCCAGGACGUCACUCAUCGAGGCGGGAUCUCGUUCGAAACUGCCGAAUCCAGCAGAGAAAAUAGACGGAGCUUUAUGUUUGUCCACCACAGCAUUCAGAAGUUCAUGGCUGCCGUGUACGUCUACGUGAGGUUUCGGAUGACAGGCGAAAACGUUUUUGAGUCCAGAGGCAGAACGCGAACGGAGCGACCUGUCAAUGAGCUUUACAAACCCAUCAUCGACACAGUUCUCGCCAGCCGGGAUGCAUACAUGGACCUCUUCCUGCGCUUCCUGUUGGGACUGGUGGCUGAAGCGACAGAGAUACAGCUGCGUGGCCGCCUGCUGCCUCAGCAUCACCCCAAGCCACGGGGUGUGGAGGACGUGCUCAGACAUGUGAGGAAGAAGAUAAAGGAAAACGCCAUUCCCGAGCGGUGUAGAAAUUUGGAACUGUGUCUCUCUGAGCUGGAAGAGAGAAGGAAUGUGCGAUGAGAUGAGGACAAAAUGAGAAAAUCCCCUCUGCCUCUUAUUACCUCAUCUGAGGGAGUGAUGGUAGAUGAGUCCUUAGCUCUGAUGUAAUGUUUGAUAGACAUUUUACAUUACAUGUACAUUUUAACAGUACAUGUUUUAGUGUGAUCAUAGAUCAUAGAGUGGGGUGUGUUUAUAGAACUGCCUGGUGUGUUUACAUGAAAUUUCAUAGUGGGUUCUGUAAUGCAAUUGUGGAAGCUGCUAAAGGCUCUUACUAGGCUUUAACCGCAUCAUGUUUUCCGCUUGAUCUUUGCCAACACAAACGGCAAAAAGCUUCGACUUUCAGCGGAGAUGGAUGAGACCAUAUGAAAACUUUAUAUGCAUAGUAUGAGACAUGUAGCCUGUUAUUCCUUCUUAGAUAGAUUUUUAAAUUAUGGAGUUGAUUGAAAGAGCAGGAAUUCAUGCAGCAGCACAAAAUGUGGCAACAACGAUAACAAUGUUUUGUCAGAGAUUCUCUUAAGCUGACACGUGAAGUCAGCUCUCAUUUUUUCCAGUUGCCUCUCAUUCUGCGUAAUGUCUGUAGGAUCUACAUGGAAUCCUUGGUAUUUGGGAAAACCAAAAAUCAUUUGAAUUUUCUUGUGUAGUGUAUUGACUCCUGGCUACAAAACUUAUACUGCUUCAGAACAGAAUGGCAGGUUAGAAGUAACACUCCUCCUUUCUUCGACUGACUCUGGGCAUUUCCUCACUAGAUCGUUACACUGGGAAUGACUCAUGAAAUAUAUAUAUCGUAUUUGCAACUUUUUGGCUCCUUGACCAUAUAAAAUAGCCAUAAAGCAGAUACUAAGGACACUAAACAGAGAGAAAAUGACAAAUGUGUAUUUAUAUGUUCUAAUAAUGUGGUGCUUGUGUGGAAUGGAGUCUUAUUGCAUGUUUUUUUGUUUGUUUGUUUGUUUGCUGGGGAAAAGGCUUAUCUGAUCUUGUCUGCAUGCCAUAAUAAAUGUCAUUUUGCAUUUUUCAGAUUUUUGAAUCUGAAAUGGCAAUGAAUUUGAAAAAGAAAAUGAAAUUGAUGUAAUAUACAUUUAUUAUAUAUUUACAGAGGUGGACAGUAAAGAAGUACAUUUACUUGA